AUGGCAACCGGCAUCAAGCGCAAAGCGAGUGACGACGGCAAUUCCGCAACAAGCAGCAGCAAGCGACGCUCGGCUUCCUUGACCAACGUCGACGACAAGAGGACGCUGGUGUGCGCCGUCGAGGGGCUCAACGGUCGAGUCUGCAUCAUCCCCAUCAGUGCCGACGCCCCCAUCCACCGCCUCAAAGAGCUCAUCCACCAGCAGAAUGCGCCUCAACUGACCGGCAUCACGGCCUCCACUAUGGACGUCUACUCCACCAAGGACCCCCGUCACGGUUGGGCGCGUGUGAGUGACCACGGAUCCAUGAUCAGUCGUGGGGAAUCCCGAGCCAAGACCUCCAUGCUCCCGACGAGGCGUAUUCGCGACUACUUCCCGUCCGACACCCCUCCCUUCCACUCAGGUGUAGUGCACGUCGUCGCUGAGGCGAUCACCGACGACCUGGUUGCCCCUCAAGUGGAGGCGGCUGAACCAGCGCCAGCACCGGAUGACGAGGAAGUCUCAAGUGAUGAAGAGGACUCCGAGGCGGAGAAUGAACGGUACGAGCAAGUGCGAGACGAGCUGGGGCUUUCGCUGAGCUGGGCUAUUCCAGUCAAGGACUUUUCGCAGAGGCACGACUUCCAGGGGUUUCAAUGGCUGCAGUACCAGAGAUACCUCGACGUUGCCCCCUCCCGCGUCUUCAUCGGCAAUAAGACCACUUGGCGCGAGUUUUACGUCGCAUGCAACCAGGUGAUCGAGCUCAACGAAGGCCACGUCAUGUUCCGCUGCGUGGAGGGCUUCACCGCGAGCAAAGAUGGCUCCACGCUGAUGUUGUGGGUAGGGACUUAA